GAAUCGCAGAGUUCCAGUGCGCAAAGAAGAAUAUUUUCGGCUAUAAGAGUCAUGAGUGAGCCCCUACAAUCGCCAAGGAUACGUAUUUCCUCUAUCUCCUUUGUGCAGCACCUACUCAGCGAUGCAGCUCACUCUUACAUUCUCUACGCUGCUUGCCCUCGUCUACACGGCUACAGCAACCCCCGCCCAUCCCGGUUUCACUCUCUCUGCCCGCGAAGCAGAUGGCGCAUACGUGUUCGAUCGCGUCGGUGGCUUGGCCUUCACGCCAGCCCACAUCCUACGCCGCACGGAGAGCGACGUCGAGGUACCUCGCGAGGCACAGCCUGAGCCGCUGGAGAAGCGCGACAGUUACAACUGCUUCGCUGCCACCUUCAGCGGCGGUGACAAGCUAAGCGCGGUCAACGCGCUGUACAACCUGCUUGACGACUACCCCAUCGUAAAUUCCAACGGGGCGAUUGCCACUCAAUAUGCCGACAACGCCAUCGUCUACGUCUGCAACUUCUCCGGCGCAGACAUUAGUGCCAACGCGCAGGACGUCAAGAAUUAUGAUAAUAGUAUCAACAACGCGUGUGGUUCUAGCACUGCCGGGAGGGUUCUGCUCUCCUCCGGGCUUGAGUACGGCCGUACUGCUGCGGGCAAGCCGUUCUGCGAUGGCAGCUAAAUGUGGAGAAUCCCACGAGGUAUGUACGCCAUAC